CCUUCCUGUUUUGAGAAGCCCUGGAACAGUGUAUUGUGAAAGACUAUUGAGUGACUGGCUGUGAAAAAUACAGACUUUGAUUUAUUUUCCUCCAUUAUUUUACGCCUCCAUUUUCCAGAGCUUUAUUUUAUUUUUUUAAAAGGAGCUGUGCCAUUUUGGGGGGUAUACCCCCCUUGACAUUUCCUUGCUCAUGGCUGAGACUAAAAUCAUCUACCAUAUAGAUGAAGAAGAAACCCCUUAUUUGGUGAAACUGCCUGUUCCUCCUGAAAAAGUGACUUUAGCAGAUUUUAAAAAUGUGCUUAGCAAUAGACCAGUGCAUAACUACAAAUUCUUCUUUAAAUCUAUGGACCAGGAUUUUGGGGUGGUCAAAGAAGAGAUCUCAGAUGACAACGCCAAGCUUCCUUGUUUUAAUGGACGUGUUGUGUCAUGGUUGGUUUUGGCAGAAAGCUCACACUCAGAUGGUGGAUCACAAAGCACAGAAAGCCGCACCGACCUUCCUCCACCUAUCGAGAGAACUGUGGGCAUCGGUGAUUCACGCCCGCCUUCAUUUCACCCUAAUGCUGGUAGCAGUCGAGAUGGAUUGGACAACGAGACAGGAACAGAUUCUGCGGUUAGCCAUAGAAGAGACCGGCACCGACGGAAGAACAGAGAGACACAUGAUGAUGUUCCCAGAAUCAAUGGACACCCCAAACUGGAACGGAUUCGGGACCCGGGAGGAUAUGACAGCGCUUCCACCGUGAUGAGUAGCGAACUGGAGUCCAGCAGCUUUGUAGACUCUGAGGAAGAUAAUACAAGCAGGUUAAGUAGUUCCACAGAACAGAGCACAUCUUCACGGCUCAUCCGUAAACACAAACGGCGAAGACGAAAACAAAAAAUGCGUCAGAUUGACAGAUCCUCAUCCUUCAGCAGCAUCACAGACUCCACAAUGUCUCUGAAUAUUAUCACAGUCACACUAAACAUGGAAAAGUAUAACUUCCUUGGUAUCAGCAUUGUGGGGCAAAGUAAUGACCGAGGGGACGGAGGAAUUUACAUUGGGUCGAUCAUGAAAGGAGGAGCAGUUGCAGCAGAUGGACGUAUUGAGCCAGGGGAUAUGCUUCUACAGGUGAAUGAUGUCAACUUUGAGAACAUGAGUAACGAUGAUGCAGUAAGAGUCCUACGAGAAAUUGUCUCUAAACCAGGACCAAUUAGCUUGACUGUGGCAAAGUGCUGGGAUCCAACGCCACGGAGCUAUUUCACUAUUCCCCGGGCUGAACCGGUGAGGCCAAUAGACCCUGCUGCGUGGAUCUCUCAUACCUCAGCCAUGACGGGAACAUACCCCCGUUACGGUAUGAGCCCCUCCAUGAACACCAUCACAUGCACCAGUUCCUCAUUAACAAGCUCUAUACCUGAGUCGGAAAAUCAGGAGGACUCGCCCUUAUCUGUGAAGAGUGAUAUGGCCACUAUAGUAAAAGUCAUGCAGCUUGCAGAUUCAGGGCUGGAGAUCAGGGACCGUAUGUGGCUGAAAAUCACUAUUUCUAACGCAGUCAUUGGGUCCGAUGUUGUUGAUUGGUUGUACACACAUGUGGAAGGCUUCAAAGAACGUCGGGAUGCCAGAAAAUACGCCAGCAGCAUGUUAAAACACGGCUACCUCAGGCACACUGUGAAUAAAAUCACUUUCUCAGAGCAGUGCUACUACGUAUUUGGAGACCUGUGUGGCAAUGUAGCAGCACUAAAUCUCAAUGACGGGUCCAGUGGUGCAUCUGAUCAGGACACACUUGCUCCUCUCCCUCAUCCAGCUGCUCCGUGGCCAAUGAGCCAAGGAUAUCCCUACCAGUAUAAUCUACCACCAGCUUGCUUUCCACAAGGGUAUCAAGAGCCGGGCUUCAGCUAUGGAAGUGGCAGUGCGGGAAGCCAACACAGUGAAGGUAGCAAAAGUAGUGGCUCUAGUCGGAGCAAUCGCGAGGGAAAGAGAUCAUCAGGCAGAGAGAAGGAUCGAAAGUCCACUGGCAGUGGCAGUGGGUCCGACCGAGUUCCACGCAGUGGAGGAAGCAGAGGAGAGAGACCUGUGAGCCAGCACAGCCAGAGAAGUCACAGCUCGAUGCCAAGAAGCGAACGCAGUCACCGUAGCAGUCACCAUUCUCAUGGUCCUCCUGGACUUCCCCCACUUUACAGUCUGCCAAUGAUUGGAAGCAAAGUUUAUGGGACAAGUGGUCCACCUGGAGGACCUCCAGUCCGUGAACUUGGCAAUAUCCCCCCAGAACUGACAGGAAGCCGUCAGUCGUUCCAGAAGGCAAUGGGAAAUCCCUGCGAAUUUUUUGUGGACAUUAUGUGACAGUCAAAGUGCCUACUGAGUCACAAGACCCACUAAUGAAUUGUAGAAAUAGGCUACAAAUGGGAGAGACCACCACUGCCAUAUCCAACCUCCAAGCCAUAGGAAGAGGAGGGUUUUAUUUAAGAUUUAGGGAUAGUCCAAAUAUCCACCACCAAAUAUAGUGUUAUUGUUAAGAGCAUCAGAAAUAAGACCAGACUUACUUAUUGUUAAUCUUCAUUUUUGGUCUAUCAAUACAUGUUUUAUGAACAUGUUCUGGUGCCAAAAUUCCCAAUACUCUAUUAUACUUACAGUUUUCAAAUCCUUUGCAGAAGGGCCCAUCAAAAAAUUGUGACAGAUUUCUAUACUUUAAAUUUCUAAAGAUUAAAACACUCCCAAAAUAAUAGGAUAAGCACAACAGAAAUCUGUCCAAUGCCUCACCUCUGCUCCUUCUGCAAAAAAACCUUGCAGAUAUUCUUCAUCAUGUGAUUGUUUCCUACAAAUCCAUUGGUAAAUGAGAUGUAAAAAUAAUCUAUGUAUAAAUGCCAUGUUCUAAUUUAAUGUUUUUAAUAUGUGUGUACAGUAUAUCUAUGUAAAUAACAGUUUCAAAACAGA